UGCUUGCUGAAGCUGCAUUGAACUGUACAGCAAUACAAAUUCGUCUACUAUUCGCUAUAGUGUUGACUACAUGUUUCCCAGCCCGAGCACAGAUAUUAUGGGAAAAUCACAAAGAUUCAAUGACUGAUGAUUGCAUCAACAUCGUAUACGGUGCCACGAUCUAACCAUAACAUUCAGCGACGAAAUGUACAAUGAAGCAUUGAUUGCUAUUGAGGAUCUUUGCAUUGUCAUUGCCAACUUACCACUUAGUAAUUUCGGUAUGAAUUCGCCAAAUCGAACUGCAUCUGAUUUAAUGAAUACUGAAAUGAAUCGUGAACUGCAGUACAGUACUGUAGAAAUGGCAGCGAUUGUUGCCCGCAAUGUCCCACUAAUGAAUGAGGAACAAAGAACCAUUUAUGAUCGCAUUAUGCUCGCAGUUUCAGCUGGACAAGGUGGGUUCUUCUUUUUGGAUGCACCGGGUGGAACUGGCAAAACAUUCGUUAUUUCGCUAAUUCUUGCUGAAAUACGAUCAAAUAAUGGCAUCGCAUUGGCCGUUGCAUCAUCGGGCAUUGCAGCAACUUUAUUGGAUGGAGGUAGAACAGCUCAUUCAGUAUUUAAGCUGCCACUAAAUAUUCAGAAUAACCCUGACGCAGUAUGCAACAUUAAGAAACAAUCGUCCAUGGCCACUGUGCUGAAACGGUGUAAAAUUAUUAUUUGGGAUGAAUGUACUAUGGCACACAAACAUUCACUUGAGGCGUUGAACAGGACAUUGAAAGAUAUUAAAAACAAUGACAAACUAUUUGGCGGAACUCUGUUGGUCCUUUCAGGUGAUUUCAGACAAACACUUCCAGUCAUUCCACGUUCAACAUACGCUGAUGAUAUCAACGCUUGCUUAAAAUCAUCUCCAUUGUGGCGUAAUGUUGAAAAAUUACAGCUAAAAAUAAAUAUGCGCGUUCAAAUGUUUCAAGAUCUAUCCGCUGAAACAUUUUCAAAACAACUCUUAGAUAUCGGUGAUGGAAAAGUUGCUAUAGAUGAAACUGGAUACGUAAAAUUACCGACCGAUUUCUGCACAAUCGCUGAUUCGCAAGAUACUCUCAUUGAACAAAUAUUUCCCGAUGUACACACACAGUACAUAAAUCAUGAGUGGCUUGCAGAAAGAGCGAUUUUAGCGGCAAAAAAUGUAGACGUUGAUAAUUUAAAUCUGAAGAUACAAAUGUUGUUGCCAGGGAACUUGGUAUCAUAUAAAUCUAUUGAUACAGUUUGCGACGACAGCGAAGCAGUAAAUUUUCCCACAGAGUUUUUGAACUCACUGGAUUUGCCAGGCAUGCCACCGCAUAAUUUACAAUUAAAGGUUGGAUCUCCAAUUAUCUUGCUUCGUAAUUUGAACCCGCCCCGGCUGUGCAACGGUACGCGAUUAGUCAUUCAAAAAUUAAUGAAAAACGUGAUCGAAGCCAGGAUUUUAAAUGGCAAGUUCAGAGGUGAAAAUAUACUCAUACCACGGAUUCCUAUUAUACCUACAGAUGUGCCAAUUCAAUUCAAACGUAUUCAGUUUCCGAUUAGAUUGGCAUUUGCAAUGACUAUCAACAAAUCCCAAGGUCAAACGAUGUCUGUUUGUGGAUUAGAUUUGAGAACACCAUGUUUUUCACACGGACAAUUAUUCGUGGCAUGCUCUCGACUGGGUAAACCAUCCAGUUUGUUUGUGUUAGCUAAAGAUGGACUAACAAAAAAUAUUGUUCACGCUAUGGCAUUAAGAGAUUGAUAUUGUUUAAUAGUGUUACUGUCGUAAUUUUUUAAUUAAUGAUAUAUAAUUUUAAGGAAUAAAUUAUAAUAACUUAAAAAUAAUGUUUGCCUUUUGUUAUUUUUAUAUUCCCUCAUCGUUCACAGCGCUCCAUGCUUAUUUCACGCAUAUACCACAUUCUUACAUACAUACAAUAUACACAUUCUAACAUACAUACAUACUUACAAUAAGUAAGCUAUUUUUUGUCUACACUAGAAAUUACUAGGAAAUUAUUUAUAUGGCAAAACAACGUUUGCCGGGUCAGCUAGUAAACUAUAAAUUGUUCUACGUAUAGAAUCUUGAGUAGCUAUGUCAACUGAUUUCAGUUUUUUUUACAUGUUUUUCGGUUUUCUGAAUGAUCCAAGGCAACUCCUUUCGUGACUACUCGAUAAAAUUUAUUUACUCUAGUUAUUUCAGCAAUUCUUAUUAUGAUUGCAUUAUCAUUUUUUGAACGCUCGAAUAUAUUUAUUCCUGAGGUUGUACAUCUAAAUAUUUAUUAUUAAAUUCAUACCUGCCUUAAAACUCACUACACUGUGCAGUUUCAUUGUCUUCAUUCGCCCAUGGUCUAAAGAACGCACAUAUUUCUAUUUAUUUAAAGAAAUGUAUGAAUUAAAUUAAAAUCACCAAGCCACUCCAAUGCUUAUCGCAGACUUUCUGGCAGGAUUAUUUCGAAGAAAUUGUGUACAUACGGCUUCGGCCAAAAGAAAUGCAUUUAUGUUUACGAUUCGAUGUUUUCAUUGGUAAACAGUGCAGAUGAUGAGUCCACGUGGACUGACGGUUUGUUAGAUAUUUACACCAAAUUUUAUACGGGAAGUGAACAUUAUUUUUGUAUGAGUUUGAGUGCCGUGCGUAUUUAUGAAAUAUUGAUUGUUCUUCGCAUAACUGUCUUUUCCAAUUGAUAUUGGAAGAACUGUACAUAUCUGUGUACGUAAAGGUACAAUUAAUUUGAGGUAUAUAUAAUAAUAUCAAAUAUUUCUUUUCUGCAUCUGUUACCGAAACUAUCGCCCCCUCUAUCUUCUUAACAUCAUUAAACAUUCGGUAGGAAGGCAACCUAAGGUUUUAUUUUGGGAUCGUAGAUUAAUAAUUUAAAUACAUUGUACAAGUAUCUUCCAAGGGGCUCAAACAUACGUUUCUCAUUAUUAUCACAGCUUAUUGUCACCAUAAUGCGAUAAAACACAUCAACGAUUAUAAUUAGUCAUUAAUUGACACUCGCAACUGGAAAAAACAAGAUUUGAUAGGUCAGGUGUGACUGUGUUGGAUUGAGUAUGAUGGUAAAAUAUUUCUGCUAUAAAAAUUCAUUCGUGGUAUAUCUCGAAAAGAUGUCAUUUUUGACAAUAUUAGUCCGCACAGAAAACGGAACAAACAAAAGGGCAAGGACAGGAGAAAAAUGACAGUAAGUAAUAGUUGCAAAUAUAAUAAUGAGAAUAUUAGUAAUACUAAUGAGCAUAGUAAAAACAGAAAUAUCAGAAAUCAAAACAGAAAAUAACAAUGAAUAGCCAACAAA